AUGAUUCCAACUGCGCCGUUACCGCAGCCGCAUGUGGCGAUGCCAGUGCCAGCCGUCGGCAGUGUGCCCUCGAAUGCCACCGCGCUCAGGAAUGGCAGAGAUCCGCUCACCAACAAGGUGCCGUCGAUCACGUUCUCUGACGCCACAGCGAGACCACUGGGGCCGAUGGGGGAGAUGUUAGUGACGACAAGAGGGCUGCUGGAACCGAUAGUGAGGCCACCGAGGUUGAAGUUAACGCCAGUUAAUCCUGUAUUAAGACCAAGACCUGUUCCAAUAAUACCAGUGUUUGCAAGACCAGCUCCAACCACACCAGCGCUGCCAAAACCAGUUCCAAUUAGGCCAGUAUUGCCUGUGCCAAUCACACCGACGCCGCUGCCAAGACCUGCACCAACCAGGCCGGCGGCGUUGGAAAUGCCUGUACCCAUCACACCGACACCAUUGCCAAGACCUGCACCAAAUAGGUUGGCGCUACCGAUACCGGUGUUAGCGACACCGACGGAGCUGAUUCCGGUGUUAGACACGAAUGUCUACAGUCAAUUUGGUUCCUUGAACUAUGGUGGUUUUUUGGGUGACACUGGCGUCGAUUUUACUGCCACCGCCGCCAGCAGUGGUUUGGCUGGACUCAGUGGAUACUUGGAAAAUGGUGGCCUUUAUAACAACGGCCUUGCACUGAACACACUUGGCCUAGGUGGUCUUGGUGUUAACAACCUUGGGUUAGGCCUUGGUAAUGUUGGUGUAACUGCAGCUGGAUUGGAGAAUAUUGGAGUAGCUGGUCUUGGAGUUGGCAACAUUGGACUUGGUCUUGGUAACGCCGGUUUGGCUGUGGGUGGAUUGAACAACGCUGGCCUAGGAAUUGCCGGUCUCGGAUAUGGCGCUGGUCUCGGCGUACAAAACGUGGCUGCUACAUCCCAGGUGCCCGUAACCGGCCCGUUCACCGCCAGUGGCAACGCUGAGCUCGUGGUCGGAGGUGACUUUGGGGUCGGUGGUCAAGCCGUGGUCGGUGGUCAGAUCCCAGUGCUCGGUGCCGUUGGCUUCUCUGGCCAGAUACCCGCAAGUGGCGUCGUUUCCAUCGCAGGAAACUGCGGCUGCUCGACUGUGCCUUUGUAA